AUGCCGACCCAAGAAGAUAUAGGUAGAAAUGAUACGCUGAUUGGAUCUUUGUUGGAGUCCAUUUCCGAGGUGAUCAGAUCUUUGGAGUUCUUACAAUCAGAAACUGGGAGCUUCCUUGAAUGUGCAUGCUAUUUUUAUCGAAUUUCAGUGGUGUUAAUGGUGAUACAGACAGGAGAGAGUUCCGUAAUAUGUCCAGCGGAUGUGGUUGAAUCACUAUCAAAGAGUAUAGAUGCAGCCAAGUAUCUCCUCGAGAUGUCUCAAGAAAGCAAUGGACCAGAAUCAACUACUGAUCUGAAAAACAUUGAGGCAGGCUUUCAAGGCGUUGUGAAGCAGAUGGGUGAAACUUUGAAGUCCAUACCUGAUUCAAUAAUCGACGAGGAAGAAUAUAUAGGAGUGGUUGUCCAGACUCUUUCAAAUGAGAUGCAGAAUGCUAACAUUGGAGAUGGUAGUAACAGUGAGAUUUUACAGUAUGUUCAGCAGAAGAUUUCUGAAAGGCAGACACAGGAACUGGUGCCAGAGCAAAUAGAGACAGAUCUCUAUCCUUCUGAUCCUGAUCUUUCCUACGAAAGUUAUCUGAGUGAAUCACAACCAGAUAUCCCAAGCCAGAGCACAUAUGUUAGCAGCAGCCAGAGAAAGUAUGAAACUCCAAGUGAAUCUCAAAUGAGCGAGAUACCAGAUAUCCCAAGCCAGAGCACAAUUGUUAGCAGCAGCCAGAUAAAGUAUGGAACUCAGAGUGAAUCACAAUCACAAAGGAGCGAGAUACCAGACAUCCCAAGCCAGAGCACAAUUGUUAGCAGCAGCCAGAUAAAUUAUGCAACUCAGAAUGACUCACAAUCACAGAUGAGCGAGAUACCAGAUAUCCCAAGCCAGAGCACAAUUGUUAGCAACAGCCAGAUAAAGUAUGCAACUCAGAGUGACUCACAAUCACAGAUGAGUGAGAUACCAGAUAUCCCAAGCCAGAGCACAAUUGUUAGCAGCAGCCAGAUAAAGUAUGGAACUCAGAGUGAAUCAAAAUCAAAAAGGAGCGAGAUACCAGACAUCCCAAGCCAGAGCACACUUGUUAGCAGCAGCCAGAUAAAUUAUGCAACUCAGAGUGACUCAAAAUCACAGAUGAGCGAGAUACCAGAUAUACCAAGCCAGAGCACAAUUGUUAGCAACAGCCAGAUAAAGUUUGAGAAUCUGAGUGAAUCACAAUCACAAAUGAGUGAGAUGCCAGAUAACUCAAGCCAGAGCACAAAGGUUAGAAGCAGGCAGAGAAAAUAUGGAACUCUGAGCGAAUCCUUGUCAAUGUUACCACAGGUAACACAGUUCAUGGAGCCACCAUACCAAGCAUUCAUCUGCCCGUUGACCCAAGAGAUAAUGGAAGAUCCAGUCACCACAGAAACAGGAGUAACCUGCGAAAGACAAGCCGUAACAGAAUGGUUUGAAAAAUUUGGAGACACCGAUGAUAUUAGCUGUCCAGUUACAGGGCAAAAGUUGACAACCGGAUUAAGUCCCAAUCUUGUCUUGAAAACCAUUAUUGAGGAGUGGAAAGUGCGAAACGAGGCAGCAAGAAUCAAGGUGGCUCACGCAGCUUUAUCCUUAGGCGGUUCGGAAAGUAUGGUUAUUGAUGCAUUAAGGGAUCUGCAAAUGACCUGUGAAGGGAAAGAGUACAACAAGGUAAAAGUCCGUGAAGCUGGGAUCAUUCAGUUGCUUGACAGAUACCUCACGUACCGAAGUAAAGAUGUGAGGUAUGAACUACUACAAUUGUUAAAGACACUAGCAGACGAAGACACUGAUGAAGGAAAGGAAAUGAUUGUGAAUACGAUAACUAUGUCAUGGGUAAUCAAAUUUUUGGGAAGCAGUCACCAGACUAUAAGACAUGCAGCACUAGCCUUACUGCUUGAGCUUUCGAAAUCUGAACAUGCAUGUAAGAAGAUUGGGAAUGCUACAGGGGCAAUAUUGAUGUUAGUUACCUCAAAGUAUAACGAAGAGUCGGACGACUUUGCGUCUGAAACAUCAGAUCAGAUCUUAAGAAAUCUAGAGAAGUUCCCUCACAACAUCAAGCAAAUGGCAGAGAGUGGACUAUUAGAACCUCUUCUCAUUCAUCUAGCGGAAGGGAGUGAAGAGACGCAGGUGGUAAUGGCUGCAUACCUUGUGGAAAUUGAUAUUGGACAUGAGAAGAAAACUAAUGUAGCUGAGAAGGUUUGCCCUGCGCUCAUCAGGCUGGUGCAAAGUGAAAAUAUUGAGGCUAGAAGAGCCGCUUUCAAAGCUCUCGCUCAAAUUUCACUGUACCAUCCCAACAAGCAAAUACUGGUAGAAGUAGGCAUCAUCAAGUUCAUGGUCGAAGAGAUAUUCACCAAGCGGAUGUUCAGUGAUCUGAUGAACUCCAGGAAUGAAGCUGCUACAAUACUUGCAAACAUACUGGAAUCCGGGGUGGAACAUGAGACCUUUGAGGUGACUGCCACAGGCCACACGUUAGGCUCGGAUUACUUUGUAUACAACAUCAUCCAAAUGCUCAAAAACUCAAGCCCAGAUGAUCUGAACAUUGAUUUGAUCAGGAUUCUCAUAUCCUUGUCCAAAUCACCUAGAGCAAUGGCAACUAUCGUCUCAGUGAUCAAAGAAACCGAUGCAAGCUUUGCCAUGAUAGAACUCAUCAACAAUCCUCAUGAAGAACUGGGGGUCGGAGCCUUGAAGCUUCUCAUUGCACUUGCACCCUUCAUUGGUCAUACGCUAUCCGAGAGACUAUGUAAAACUAGAGGCCAGCCAGGGAAUCUUAUCCAGUGUCCAGCAGAAGCAAAUCAGAUAACAGAGAAACAUGCUGUUUCAGCCAAGUUACUUGCUAAACUGCCUCACCAGAAUCUGACUCUUAACCUAGCACUUGUCAACGAGAGCAUAGUCUCCGAAAUUCUGCAUGCAGUCCAUCUGAUUCAAAGAAGUGGAACACGAACAAGCAAGUAUGCAACUGAUUUUCUGGAAGGUCUCGUUGGCAUCUUAGUGAGAUUCACAACUACAUUGUAUGAGCCUCAAAUGAUGUACCUAGCCAAAAACCAUGAUUUGACAUCAGUGUUUGCUGAUUUAUUGAUGAAAACAUCAAGCGAUGAAGUUCAAAGAUUAUCAGCGACUGGAUUAGAAAAUCUAUCGUCUACAACUAUGACUUUAUCAAGGCCACCCCAAGUUAAGAACACGAAGUUCAUGGGAUCACUGAGUAUGCCUAGGUCCUUCUCACUACGUUCACCCAAAAAGAAGCAAGUAGAGACCUGUGCGAUCCACAGGGGAGUAUGUUCUGCAAAAGCCACAUUUUGCUUGGUUGAAGCAAAUGCAGUCACAAAGCUUCUAGCAUGUUUGCAGAGUGAUAAAGCGGAGGUAGUGGAGUCAGCAUUAUCAGCUAUAUGCACGUUACUGGAUGACAAGGUUGAUGUGGAGAAGAGUUUAAACAUGCUGAGUGGAAUGAAUGCAGUAGAACUUAUCAUAAAUGCAGUCAAAGAACACAAGAAAGAGUCUCUAUUGCAAAAAGCAUUUUGGAUGAUUGACAAGUUCUUAAUUAGAGGUGGACAAAGGUAUGCAUUUGGCAUAUCACAAGACAGGAUGCUGUCAGGUAUGCUGGUUAGCGCCUUUCAUCGUGGAGAUGGUAACACAAGGCAGAUGGCAGAAAACAUUUUGAGGCGUCUGGACAAGAUGCCAAGUUUCUCAGUCUAUAUGACAGAAAACAAUGACAUGUCAACCUCCGUAGGGCCGUGACUGUUAUGAUUUAUUCCUCUCUUUGUAUUCUCUGUGUAAAAAGUUUUCAGUUUGAAUGUGAGUUUACGUUAUGGUCACACACAAAUAACAGAGGGUUAUUGUUUAACAUCCUCCUGACAGCCACAUUGUAUCGAUUCCAUUACAAAAGAAUCUCACCUC